AUCAAGUUCAGAAGAUGAAAAGAAACCUACAGUUAAAAAACCAGUAGCUGCUACUAGUAAGCCAACAGUACCUGCAGCAAAAGUUGCCAAAAAGCCAGAAUCAUCAGAUAGUGAUUCAUCAAGUUCAGAGGAUGAAAAGAAAUCUGCAGUUAAAAAACAAGUAGCUGCUACUAGUAAGCCAACAGCACCUGCAGCAAAAGUUGCCAAAAAGCAAGAAUCAUCAGAUAGUGAUUCAUCAAGUUCAGAAGAUGAAAAGAAACCUGCAGCUGCUAAACCAUUGGUUGGUGCAGCUAAUGCUGUUAAAAAGCAGUCAUCAGAUAGUGAUUCUGACUCAACUUCAGAUGAUUCAAAAAAAGUUAUUAAAUCUGUUAAUACCAGUAAUAAGAAUUCUACGCGUUUAUCUAAAGACACAUCAGACAGUGAUUCUGAUUCUUCAUCAAGUAAUGACGGUAAUUCUAAUUUCUCAGUUGCAACCCCCAGUCUACUUUCAAAGUCAUCUAAACCUGUUGAGUCAUCAACACCAAGUGAGAAUUCAAUAAAAUCUAAGCAAAAAGUUAGUUCAGAAACUUCGGAAUCAUCUAACGAUGAUGUACUACAAAAUUCAGUUAAUAAAACACCUUCAUCAAAACUUAAUCUUUCUCAGAAACAAAAUAUAAAUUAUUCAGAUUCCUCCUUUUCCACAAAUGGUACUCCAAAAUCAAAUGGAUUUCUAACACCAGGCGGUGAUGCUUCUCAGUCACAAGGAAAGGUAUAUUGAAGUUAUUUAUUUUCAUUAAAAAUACGUCACCUGUACCUCACCUCACUUAGCAUGUGUGAUUGUAUAUUUUUUUCAUGUUUUAAAAUUUGUGUGUGUGUGUUGAUAAUGGUACUGACCAUCUAAGUCAUUUUUAAUAGUAAAAUCAUUGCUAAAAUCAUUGCUUGAAAAAGACAUUAUUUCUUAAUUAAUUUUCUGUUACGAUAUUUUAGAAAAUAUCUAUUUUGCUUAGCUUUAUCAUUUUUUAAGAAUUUUAAAAUUAUAAAUAAUUUCAGCGAACACCUAAUGAGCCAUUCAGGCGUGUGAAAUCUGAACAGAUCUAUGUUGAUCCAAAAUUUAGAGACAAUUCUUUUGAGGCCAAGGUAAAUCUAUAUUUAAAUACUCCUAAAAUUGUUUAUAUAAUUUAAUUUUGGAGGAUACACUUUUAUUUGUUAACUGUUUGAUAGCAUUUAUUUUAAAGCUGCAGAUUCCAUUAUAUUUUCUUUAUUUGGGUGGAGAAUGAAUUACUACCGGGUAUUUCCACAAACCUUAAAAAUUAGGUUGCCCAUUGCUAGUUUAUAAACACUUUAAAGGUACUAUGUAACCUUUCUUCAGCAAAGGACUGCAAAAUAAAAGCAAUAAUAAUCAGCCAUCAUAUUCAAUACAACUUCACUCCCUUAGUGACAAUAAUUAAUCUUGUAUUUAUUUUCAAUAUGAUUAUUGCUUCUAGAGGUUUCUGCCUGAGUUGUUUUAUUUACAAAUUGGUAUAUCCUCUUCUAUUAAGUUACUGGUACUUACAUUGAAUGAUUUAUACAACCUUUCAUUGUUAAAAACUAGCAGGAAUGUACCCACAUAGUGGCAGGGCCAAUGACCCAAAUUAUUGAUAAUUGCUCUUAAUCAAUUUUUAUAAAAUGUUAACCAAUGACUGAGCGCUUUUAGGCCGCUGUCAUUGGUCUUCAGACAUACACUUUUGAAGUACCAACCUACGACUUAUUGUUUGAAUACUAUUUUUUUCUUUUCUUUUUAGAGUGGUGCUAGAGGUUCCUGGGGAGAAAAGGCUAACAAAGAUCUUAUUGUGACUCGUGGCAAAGGUUUUAAACAUGAAAAGACCAAAAAGAAAAGAGGCAGUUAUAGAGGAGGACCUAUUGACACUGCUGUGCACUCCAUCAAAUUUGAUGAUAGUGAAUGAGCAAUUAUUUUCUUAUUUACAUGUCAUUAAGUUUAAUAAUUCUUUGAAAAAAUCUGUUUGAUAGUUGCCUGGUUGUAUUGCAAUGAGCCAUCCACAUAUUAUGGAUGUACUGAGGGGUUAUGACUCUGGAAAUUCCGGUACUGGUACUUUUGUUUGGG